CCCACCCACCCUUUUCUCACUAACAUCCCCUUUCUCCUCUUCUCUCCCUCAAAUGGAGAUCCCCCUUCUUCUUCCUCCUACUCCUCAUGUCCUCCGCCGCCUCGGCCUCCUCCUUCCUCUCCAACAUCGGCCUCGGCUACUCCAUCGCCAUCGCCCUUGCCUUCCUCUUUCUCCUCUCCACCCUCCUCCUCUCUUCCUACCUCUGCUGCCGGCCUCACCCUCCCUCCCCUCCUCCUCCCCCUCCCCCCGACGGAAUCAUUCUCCCCCGCAUCAUCUUCGUCGCCGACGAAGACCACAACCGUGAUGAUAACUCCGUCUCCCUCGGUCUCGCUCCUAAUGUUAUCAACUCCUACCCGAGGUUCUCAUACACCAAGGACGCUCUCGCCGCCGCCGACGCCGCGGAUAACAAUAUCACGUGCUCCAUCUGCUUGUGCGAGUACAAGGACUCCGAGAUGCUGAGGAUGAUGCCGGAGUGCCGCCAUUUCUUCCACCUCGUCUGCCUCGAUGCAUGGCUCAAGCUCAACGGCUCCUGCCCCGUCUGCAGAAACUCUCCGCUUCCUACGCCGAUCUCAACUCCGAUCUCGACGCCGUUGCAGGAGGUGGUGCCUCUAUCUCAGUACGCGGCUGAUCGGAGGCGCAGCAGUUGACUUCUCCUUUUAUUAAUUUGAGCUCCGAUCGGGUACGAUUUCAUAAUGGACAACGUUUUAUUUUCUUUAUUGGGCGGGCGUUCUGGGUUUCGCUGAGGAUGGUAAUAAUUUCCUUUGUAACCUUUUCUUGGAGGAAGUUUUGUUCGUUCUUUGUGGUUUUGAUGAAUUGCAAGGGAAAGGAAGAAAGCAGGUCGUAGAUGUUAAUGUUAGUGCUGCAUACGAGUGCUGUUUCAUGUACUAACAUGGAGUAACUCUGUAGAGAGAUGUUCUGUGCAUUGGUAGUUUG